GGCGCGCUCUCCAGCCUGACGGUGGGCCCCCUCCCUCCUCCGCUUCCCGCCAGGCCCAGUUCAAUCUGAUGAGCAGCACCAUGGACCAGAUGAGCGGCCGCGCAGCCCCGGCCAGCCCCUACCCUGCCGAGCACGCGGCCAGCGUGCCCACCCACUCCCCGUACGCGCAGCCCAGCUCCACCUUCGACACCAUGUCGCCCGCGCCCGUCAUCCCCUCCAACGCCGACUACCCCGGCCCCCACCACUUCGACGUCACCUUCCAGCAGUCCAGCACCGCCAAGUCCGCCACCUGGACCUACUCGCCGCUGCUGAAGAAGCUGUACUGCCAGAUCGCCAAGACGUGCCCCAUCCAGAUCCAGGUGUCCUCGCCGCCGCCGCCGGGCACCACCGUGCGCGCCAUGCCCGUCUACAAGAAGGCGGAGCACGUGACCGAGGUCGUGAAGCGCUGCCCCAACCACGAGCUCGGGCGGGAUUUUAACGAGGGACAGUCUGCCCCCGCCAGCCACCUCAUCCGCGUGGAGGGCAACAACCUCUCGCAGUACGUGGAAGACCCUGUCACGGGCAGGCAGAGCGUCGUGGUGCCCUACGAGCCCCCGCAGGUGGGGACAGAGUUCACCACCAUCCUGUACAACUUCAUGUGCAACAGCAGCUGUGUGGGGGGCAUGAACCGCAGGCCUAUCCUCGUCAUCAUCACCCUGGAGAACCGAGAUGGCCAGGUGCUGGGCCGCCGGUCCUUCGAGGGCCGCAUCUGUGCGUGUCCCGGCCGAGACCGCAAGGCCGACGAGGACCACUACCGGGAGCAGCAGGCCCUGAACGAGAGCGCCGCCAAGAGCGGGGCCGCCAGCAAGCGCGCCUUCAAGCAGAGCCCCUCUGCGGUCCCCGCCCUGGGCACCGGCGCGAAGAAGAGGCGGCACGGGGACGAGGACAUGUACUACAUGCACGUGCGGGGCCGGGAGAACUUCGAGAUCCUGAUGAAGGUGAAGGAGAGCCUGGAGCUGAUGGAGCUGGUGCCCCAGCAGGUGGUGGACUCCUACCGGCAGCAGCAGCAGCUCCUGCAGCGGCCGAGCCACCUGCAGCCUCCCUCCUACGGGCCGGUCCUCUCGCCCGUGAACAAACCCCACGGGGGCGUCAGCAAGCUGCCCUCGGUCAACCAGCUGGUGGGCCAGCCGCCCCCGCACAGCUCUGCGGCCGGGCCCAACCUGGGGCCCAUGGGCCCCGGGAUCCUCAACAGCCACGGCCACGCCCUGCCGGCCAACGGCGAGAUGAACAGCACCCAUGGCUCCCAGUCCAUGGUCUCCGGGUCCCACUGCACCCCGCCUCCCUCCUACCACGCCGACCCCAGCCUGGUCAGUUUUCUCACUGGCCUGGGCUGUCCCAACUGCAUCGAGCGUUUCACCUCCCACGGCGUGCACAGCAUCUACCAGCUGCAGAACCUGACGCUGGAGGAACUGGGCGCCCUGGAGAUCCCGGAGCAGUUCCGGCUGACCAUCUGGAGGGGCCUGCAGGACCUGAAGCAGAGCCACGACUGCGGGGCGCAGCCGCUGAUCCGCUCCAGCAGCAACGCGGCCGCCUUCGCCCUCGGCGGCGCCGGGGAGCUGCCGCGCCAGCGCGUCAUGGAGGCGGUGCACUUCCGCGUGCGCCACACCAUCACCAUCCCCAACCGCGGCCCCGGCGCGGGCGCGGCGCCCGACGAGUGGGCGGACUUCGGCUUCGACCUCCCGGACUGCAAGGCGCGGAGACAGCCCAUCAAGGAGGAGCUCGCGGAGGCGGAGGCCAACUGACGGGCCGGGCGCGCGGCCGGGGCCCGCGGAGAGCGCGCCGGGGCCUCUGCGGACCGAGGCGGAGGAGCCUGGCUUUGUCUCCUGCUUCUGCUCAAAAUCUGCCCCGGGAGGCCGGACCUGGGGCCGAGCCCGGGGCAAAGCCAGGCCCAGCCUCCAGAGCCCGGGAGAGGCCGCCCGUGGGCCGUGGGCCGUGGGCCGUGCGCCUGGCCCGGAGGGGCUAGCGGAGCUGCUGCGCGGAGGGUGUGCGGAGCCAGCGAUGCCGGAACGGCCGGAGCCUCCUCCCGGCUCCGCAGAGAGUGGUCCUUAGAGAUCAGAGGAGCCCCGCGGAUGGACGCAUGGACGGCCACACAGUCUCCGGGUCCCUGGCCGGGAGCCACCACGCAGGGUUGUGUCUAAAGCAUUUCUUUCCAGGAGGUUCUCCAGACUGUGUCCCAGGCUGGGGCCCUCGCUGGACUCGAGGGUCAGCCCCCGCCCCUCGCACACUUGACUGCUCGUCCCACUCCCACUCAGCUGCCCACCACCUCCUGCCCCCACGAAGGCCAGACUCUCGCUGGACUUGGCGAAGCUGGGAGGGGGCAUUGCCAAGCGCACCGUCCCUCCUGGGGGCCCAGGGAGCUCCUGGAGGGGGGGGAGCACCCCCAAGGCCCUGCUGCCCCCCCCCCCCCAAGGCCCUGCUGCCCCGCUGGCCACAGCCUCCUCUCUCGGGGACCAUCAGUAGACGAGGAAGGCGGGCUCCUCAGGGCAGGGCGCCAUCGCUGCUUGAUAAAACGAUACCGUCUA